CGUAUCCAUUGGUUGGUACUUUUCUCAUUGGUAACUAACAAAUUUCAAAAGAGGCUCAACCUGACUGGCAAAUGGGCGGGUUGGGUUAUCGAAAGCUACCAUUAAUAACAGAAGCGGGGCAAAACUAAGCUCCAAUCUGAUUUGACGGCUUGAGAGAUGGCCAUGCCCGAAAGCACAGAGGAAGCUGUUCUAGACGGUGAACCUCCUCCCCAAGAAGGAGCUCUGGCGGAGUCUGCUCAAGAAACUUCACAAGGAGGGGCUGUAGAAGAAGUUGGAGCGGUUCUAAGUGGGGGUUUAGAAGAAGAGGGUGGGGUUGUAGAAGAAGUAGGUCACAGUGUACAAGAAGAAGCCGUUCUGACUGAGGUUGAACUAAUUGCCAAAAAUGCCUUGAGAGAAUUAGGAAAAUCUCCAGAUGGUACAUCUUAUGUUUAUCAAGAACUCCGGCUAGAGGGAGAUCCCUCACUCAAACGCUUGCCCAGAUUUGGGACCCCCCUUUUAAAUGUAACCAAGGUUGUCAUAAACCGUACACAAGCUGAAGAUCUUAAGACCCUGGGAGACUUCCGUAGUCUAACUUAUAUUGAUGCAUCAAACAAUAGCCUUCAGGAUGUCCUGGACAUAGAGCCACCUCUCCCAGGUCUCCUAUGUGCAGACUUUGCUCACAACCUCAUCAACUACAUCAAGGAUUUGUCCCCCUUUAGAUGCCUCAGAUACCUCAACCUAAGUUUUAACAGAAUAAGCAAUUUGUCAGGCUUAGAGAAUCUCAGAUGGCUUCAAACUCUUCAGAUAGAAGAGAACCGUCUGAUGUCGCUACACGGCAUCGAAGGUCUUCGUUCUCUUAAAUCGCUGAAUGCGAGUGGGAAUGCCAUUUCAUCCUUGGCUCCACUGGUUUCCCUUUCCAUGAUAGAGGUCUUGGAACUUGCCAGAAAUCAUAUACAGUCCCUAGAGGGAGUGCCCUACCAGACUUCUUUGAUCAGCCUCGACCUUUCGGACAACUUGAUAUGUGACCUAGAGGAACUGCGAUGGCUUUCAGGACUGCAACUACUGCAGCACUUGUCCGUUAAACACAAUCCUAUAACUGAAAUGCCCAAUAUUUGGGUCCAUUUUAUCUAUAUGCUCCCUAAUCUGGUCAUUCUGGAUGGGAUGAAGGUCACUUUCCAGGACGUCCUCAAGGUCAGUGAAACUCAUGAAGACCACAGGCCUCAGAUUGCUCGCAACCGGUACCAGUGCAUCAAAGAAGUAAAGGUCAAUGACCUGAAUAGAAAAUGUCUGCCAGCUCAGCUUCGCAGAUACGACGUUCAGUCCAUGGACCGGUGGGAUGGCAAGUUUUCAGCAAUCGAUUCACAAGUGAUGAACGAGGCAGAGGAGGACAAUGCAAGAGCAGGCGGGGAUGAUGGACUGGUGACCUGGUUGAGCACAAUUGGGGUAAAAAAUGAUAUGCACAAGGUCAGGGCUUGCUACAUAUGGGUCAGAGAGACUUGUGAGGUAAUCAAGGAUGAUCUCAAAUCAGGCCACAUCAAAACAGUCGGGAGAUCGAAUCCUUUUAAGGUCGAGUUCCCGACAAUCGACGUCUGGAAGGAGAGAGUGGCCCUUCUAUUUGAGAGAGUUGCAAAGGCAUGCGGCCUCAAGGCAGCCUCCAUAGCUGGCUACGCAAAGGGAAAGACAUUUUUACCCGGAUACAAGUCUCUGAAGCCGACUAGUUGGUGGUCUGCUGUCAAAGCGGACAGGCAGUGGUGGUUGUUGGACUGCUCGUGGGAUGAAGAUGUCGAUGAUGAUUGUGAUGCAGAUGACGGGUUUUGUACUCCUCCCCAAGAAUUCAUGUACCACCAUUUCCCCUUAGAGAAGCAGUGGCAACUGCUAAAGCCACCGUACAUCACUAUCGAUGAGUUCCUGAGUCUCCCUCAUUGUCUCCCCACGUACUUUCGACUUGGCAUCCAAUUGAUCGACUGCCUUACGGGUGUGAUUCAUUCGCCGCCAGAAAGCGCUGGCCUGCAUGUCACAAUGACUGUUCCGCUUGACGUAGAGAUAAAGAACGUCAUCACGACAGCCGAUUGGUCGGCAAGACUUGAGGACUGGUGGAGUCUUAUUGAGCGAGAGCAGGAAUUCGUCUCCAACAGAAUUUCAUUUCCGCGGCAAGGCGAAUACAUACUGGAUGUCUUUGCGAGGAAGGUGACCCCCACCGACCACUCUGGAGUUGAACCGCAGAGCAUUGAGAAUAUUAAACCAGAGAACUUUCUAAGGGCAGAUUCUGGUACCAAGCGGUGGCAGAAAUUCUGGAAUGAGAGCGGUGAAACUGUUAUGCCAUGGCGACUUGCUGUCCGAUGGAAAGUCGUCACAACUAAUAUAUGCGGAGGACAGCCUCAUCCCAAACAACACCCCUACUUCCUCAUCAACAAUUGCCAACUUUACAAACCCAGGUCAGGUUGGUUGGUGCAGGACACACAUGUAAGGUUCCACUUGAAAGUCCCAAAUGCGAAAGAGGUCAUCUUGAUUACUUCAAAGGAACCUACCCAAGCAGACAGUGACGAAGAUGAGACACCCGCAAGUAGCUCCCAUGCUUCACUUCUCCGAAGCCACGAUGACCCUGAUGUUUACACAGCAGAGAUGAAAACCUCGAAUUCGUCCGUGCUAUCGAUUUGCAUGCAAUUCAAUGACUUGGCAGGCGUAUAUCCUCUGCUCACGUAUCUUGUGAUACCACCUCAUUGGUUUAGGCCCAUUGGAAAGUAACACGGGCACAACAAGAAAACAUAGCAUUCUUGCAUUUCAUUGGGUGAAUUUUUGUCCGUUCCCCUUGUUCACUCCAUCCAACCCCUGGCCUCUCUCCCUCCCUUUCCGUGCAUUCUUUUGUUUCGUCAGUACUGUAACAAUCCGGGACCCUCCUCUUGCACCGUCUCCUCGUCCUCCUUCCCGCCACUGUCCCUACCUUCUGUUGCGGUUUAGGUCCUUCAUGCUGAUUAGAAUU